ACUUCCUGUAGGGACUGAAAACCAAGUGAGGAGAUGAAGGAUUGCGCUGUAAUACACCAGAGAAUACAGAGAGGAUAGACACUGCAGGUCGAUCCUGACCAUCACCCAAGGAACAACUGCACAACUGUGGGAAGACAUCCAGUCCCUUCACAGCAUUGCUCAACACAGAGAAAUCUGGGCAGUGAAACCAUCAUCUGGAAAUCAAUCAGGUUAGGGAAGCUUUGACAUAUCAUCAGAUCUGAAACUGGUCAGUGGUGUGGAGUCUUCCAUCAGAACCAAACUUUCUGAAGGUUCGGCUGUGGGCGAUUGGUCAGGGUGAGGCUGGGAAGAAGUGUGAGUGGGCUUCAAGUGUGGUGAGAGACUCAAUCAUUCAUCGAACCUCAUGAACCACUGACUCAUUCCUGCAGAUGAGAGGCUGUCAAGUGUGAGGUGUGUGAGGAGGGCUCCACAGGCUUGUCGGCUCUCCUAACACACAAGGUGCAUCAGUAGUAGAGCUGGUAACAUAGGGGCAGUUUCAUGGAAGAGCAACCGUUCAAGUGUGAGGUGUGUGAUCGAGCUUUCACACAUCCAUCGACAUUCGAGAAUCACCGACGCAGCCACACUGGGGAGAAGCCUUUUCAAUGUGAAGUGUGUAACAAGAACUUUGCACAGUCAUCAGGCCUGGUAAAUCAUCGGCCCAUUCACACAGGGGAAAAACCAUUCACAUGUGACGUGUGCAACAAAUCUUUCUCGCAGUCAUCGACCCUCCUCGUGCACCAGCACAUACACACAGGUGAGAAACCAUUUACCUGCAAGGUGUGUAUCAAAUCUUUUUCGCGAUCAUCUCAUCUCCGCAUACACCAACGUAUUCACAGAGGGGAGAAACCAUUUAUGUGUGAGGUGUGUGAUAAAACAUUCUCUGACUCAUCGAAUCUCCGCAGACACCAACGCAUUCACACAAGGGAGAAGGUAUUCACAUGUGAGGUGUGUGACAAAUCGUUCUUGCUGUCAUCGGAUCUCCGCAGACACCAUCGCAUCCACACAGGGGAGAAACCAUUCACCUGUGAGGUGUGUGAAAAAUCAUUCUCGCGGUCAUCCGCUCUCCGCACACACCACAGCACCCACACAGGUGAGAAACUGUUCAAGUGUAAGGUGUGUGACAAAUCAUUCUCUGGCUCAUCGAAAUUCCUGCUCCAUCAGAGGAUUCACACAGAGGAGAAACCAUUCACGUGUGAGCUGUGUAACAAAUCAUUCUCGGUGUCAUCACGCUUCUGCAGACACCAACGCAUUCACACAAGGAAGAAACCAUUCACUUGCGAAGUGUGUGACAAAUCAUUCUCUGGCUCAUUGAGACUCUUGCUCCAUCAGAAGAUACACACAGGGGAGAAACCAUUCAUGUGCAAGGUGUGUGACAAAUCAUUCUCAAGGUCAUGGAACCUCCUGGUCCAUCAGACAAUCCACACAGGGGAGAAACCCUUCAAAUGUGAGAUUUGUGAUAAAGCUUUUCCAAUAUCUACGAGGCUGCUGAGACACCAACACAUUCACACUGGGGAGAAACUCUUCAGGUGUGAGGUGUGCGACAAAUCAUUCUCGCGGUUAUCGAACCUCCGUGUACAUCAACGCAUUCACACAGGGGAGAAACCAUUCACAUGCAAGGUGUGCAACAACUCAUUCUCGAGAUCCUCAAAUCUCCAUGUACAUCAACGCAUUCACACCGGGGAGAAGCCGUUUACAUGCGAGGUGUGCAACAAAUCAUUCUCGAGAUCCUCAAACCUCCAUGUACACCAACGCAUCCACACAGGGGAGAAACCAUUCAUGUGCGAGGUGUGUGACAAAUCAUUCUCGAGAUCAUCAAACCUCCUGCUCCAUCAGAGAAUCCACACAAGGGAGUAACCCUGCAAGUGUGAGGUUUGUGAUGAAGCUUUCUUUGACCCUGGAACGUCAGAGGAUUCACAUGGGGAGAAACUCUUCAGGUGUGAUGUUUGUGACAAGGUUUUCACCUACUCCUCUGAUCCCCUGAAUCACCAGCAGAUUCACACUGGAGAGAAACCAUGCAGCUGUGACAAGGCUUUUACACAGUCAGUGUAUAUCCUGGCACAUCAAUGCACUCACACAAGGGAGAGACCCUAUCAGUGUGAGUUCUGUAAUAAAGCUUUCACACAGCUGUUGGUCCUCCUGGAAUAUCAGUGCACCCACAUAGGGACUCCCUUACCAAGUUUUAGCCAAUCUGUCAUCAGACUCUGAGUUUCUACACAAGCUCACUGCAAAGGAUGUUCACAGAACAAGGAGCAGCUUUCACUCACGUAACGAUAAUGCUAGUGCUGAGGGACUGAGAUUGAAACAUAGAAGAUCCUGAGGGGACUUGACAGGGUGAAUGUGGAAAGGAUGUUUCUUCUUGUGGGAGAAUCUAGAACUAGGGAGUCACUGUUUAAAAAUAAGGGGUCGCCCA